AUGGCUACAAAGGACUGGUUUAGCUUAUUUAUGAAAAGACACCCUAGACUAUCAAUCAGGGAGCCUGAGGCUACGAGCCUUAGUCGCGCUACCAGUUUUAAUAAAGUCAAUGUUGAUCUAUUUUUUGACAAUUUGAAGAGUACUUUAGAUAAAUACAAAAUUGAACCUAAGGAUAUUUGGAAUAUUGACGAGACCGGUGUGCAAACAGUUCAGAGGCCAAACAAAAUCGUAGCUCAGAAAGGAGUACGCCAAGUAGGGAAAGCUACGUCAGCAGAAAGGGGGCAGACUGUCACUAUGGUAUUGGCUGUCAGUGCCAUCGGCAACUCAGUUCCUCCAAUGUUCGUAUUCCCAAGAGUAUUCUUCAAGGAUCACUUCAUCAUUAACGGGCCACCAGGAUGUAUUGGAACUUCCUACCCAUCCGGAUGGAUCACAUCUGAAUCGUUUUUGACGUUCAUUAAACAUUUUCACGGCCACGUAAGAUCUAGCAAGGGCAAUCCCUGCUUGUUGGUUUUGGAUAACCAUGAAUCACACUUAUCUAUUGAAGUGCUCAACUUCUGCAAAGAAAAUGGUAUCAUCAUGUUGUCUUUUCCCCCCCACGCUUCCCACCGCCUGCAACCGCUUGACAGGUCAGUUUAUGGGCCUUUCAAAAGUUUUUACUUCGCUUCAGUCUACGACUGGAUGGUCAACAAUGCAGGGAAAACUGUAACAAUCUACGACAUUCCUGGCAUAGUAAAGAUGGCACUCCCUAGAGCAAUAAAUCCUACAAAUAUUAUAUCUGGAUUUCAAGCAACAGGAAUCGCGCCAUACAACAGAGAAUUGUUUACUGAGGAUGACUUCUUGUCCAGCGCAGUCACGGAUAGAGAGAUGACUUCACAAGACAGCACUGUCAAGACUUCUCAAGCUGGGACAAGCAACGCUGAUGGUCUACACUCCAAAGUGAACCGAACUGAGACUACAACUGCAGUUCCAUCUACAAAUAAGGAUGUUUCUGUAGGCGUAUUCACUGUAAGCCCUCAAGAAAUCCGCCCCUACCUUAAAGCUGGAGAGCGAAAAAAUAUCAAAAAAGGGAGGAAAUCUUUAAAAUCCGCUAUCCUUACUAGCACACCAGUUAAGGAGAGGCUGGAAGUGGAAGCCAAAAAAAAGGAAGCUAAAAUGGUAGCCAAGUCAGAAAACGCCAAAAAAAGACUUUUUAAAAUGAUAGAGAGUCAGACUAAGGAGAAGAACAAGAUGAAGAAACAGAAAUGCGUCCCAAAGAAUAAAAUGAAGGUUGAAUCAGAGUCGGAGGAAGAGAACGACGCCCUGUGUCUCAUAUGUUUGGAGGCAUUCCCCGAAUCCAAGCCAGGUCAGGACUGGAUACAGUGCAUUUCUUGCAAAAAAUGGGCCCAUAUAGAAUGUGGGAAAGACUAUAAAAUGUACACUUGUAUUCACUGUACAUCUGACUUUGUAAUCAGUGAUUCUGAGUAG